GCUGUAUGUUUUCACUGAACAAGGAAGGGUGGCAUUUACAAUUUUCAUGUGGUUCGAAUAAGAAGUCUGUGUUUUUAAAAUAAAUACAGAAAAAUAGUGAGAAUUGGAGUUUUUGGAACUAUACAAAAGCAAUAUUUAAAUACACAACAACCUAGUGAAACAGUUUUAGCUCCAUUUACGACGCAUAUAUCACUCUAACUGGUGUAUCAGUUAUAUUAAGAUAAAUAAUAAAAACUCUUUUAGCCGAAUUUAUCAUCAAAGUUGUAUCAAAUAUUUUUGUGAACUUUACAUACAAAACGAGACAUUAAAGUUUCAAAUUGGACAGAAUUUUUCAUCGAGACUAUCAAAUACAAAACGGAAACAUAUCUCCGAUAACUAAAUACGAUUUUUAUAAAUAAUUUAUUGGGUAAAUUAAAUUCGACGUUAGCACAACAGAAUCGGAGUCGAGGAAAAAUCAAUUCUUAUUUUGGUAUGCGAGAUGAAAAUGAUUUCCACAAAUUAUCGAGCUACCAGCGUGUACAUAGCUAUUUGUACGGUACUUAUAUACGUUGUAACUGCUGCUGAACAACAUCAGACUGGAAGCGAAACAGGAAGGUCAUCGAAUCAUGAUGCGUUUGUUACCAUCGAUAACAUUCUGAUGGACGAGGACGAUCAACUAUCAACUAACAAUCCGUGUUUAAUUCACUACUGUGCCAAAGGACGUGAAUGUGUGGUCAAUCCGAAAGGCCUACCUGAGUGUGUCUGUCAACGAUACUGUGCUAACCGGAAGAAGCCCAUCUGUGGCACAAAUGGAAUGAUUUACAAAAAUCAUUGCGAGCUGCAUAGAGCCGCAUGUAUUUUAGAACGACCAAUAACGUUGCAGAGAUUGGACAAAUGUACGACUGGAAAGAAGAAGCCCAAAAAGUACGAUAAAUACAAAACGAAUGACCAACCGAUAUCAGACACCUAUACAACAAAAUCGAGUGAAUCGACUGAUGAAACUACAACACCAUUCGCUGCACAGCCAAUGCGGUCCUAUUCGGACUCCGUUCCUCAACAACCUGUGUUUCAUCUGAAACAAUCACCGUACAUUGAUGAAAUUCAAUUUGAAAACAGUCCAAACGAAAUUGAUACUGGCACCACCAGUUACACGCACAAGGGCUACUGUUCGUCACAGGAAUAUGAAAUAAUGAAAGACAAUCUGCUGCUGUAUAGUCACAACAGACUAAUGUCGUCGGACAACAACCACAGCAAGGACUUCCUGGUUUCGAUUAUGUUUUCGCAUUACGAUCAGAACAAUAACCAGUUUUUGGAUGAGGACGAACUGCGACACAUUACUGUCGUAGAACAUUUGGAAAAUUUGAGUAACGGUUGCAUAUUGAGUGAUAUGUUGAUUUUCGAUGACUCAAAUAAUGAUCGCAAACUGAGUACAGACGAAUUCUAUCAAGCCUUCAAUAAGUUGUACAGUCUUUCCGUGGUAUCGCUAGAUAAGGCUCUAGAAACUAAUCAUUUGUCGGCUCGUGUGGGUGAUAACGUCGAAAUCAAGUGUGAUGUUACAGGAUCACCUGUGCCAAUUCCAAUCAUAUGGAAACGAUAUUCCACUGAUUUGACGAUGCUGAGCGAAGAUGAGCAGGUACGAGUAUUCAAUGACGGAAGCUUAUAUCUCACUCGAAUUCAACUGAUAAAUAGUGGAAAUUAUUCAUGUCAUGCUGAACGGAACAAAGAUGUUGUUCAGACUCACAUCUUGACGGUUCACACUGUUCCAGAGGUGCAUGUUAUACCUCGCUUACAGUCUCGGCGUCCCGGUGAAACUAGUGAAAUGUUUUGUCACGUUAGUGGGGAACCGUUUCCGGUAGUAAAUUGGUUGAAAAAUGACGAACCGUUGCAUUCCGACCAACCGUAUAAAUACGAAAUAAUUGGCAACGGAACUUCACUCAAAGUGCACAACAUCAGCUUUUCAGAUACAGGAGCCUACAUGUGUCAAGGUUCGAACAUUGGGGGAACAUUCCGAGACAUAAGUUCAUUAAUAGUUCAAGACGAACCAACACCCACCGUCCUCUACGAAGAAAGAAAAUUCUUUGUCUUUCACGAAUACGGUAUCGCUGUCUAUGAACCGUCUGCAUGUCGGCUGCAUCAUCAAAUUCAUAGCACCGAUGUGAUACCUGGAACACAAGAGUAUGUCUGUGGCGAUAAAGGUGUUCCAUGCUCAUGGGGAAGAUCAAUAAAUGUUGGAAAUUCCUAUAUUUAUGUGACGCAACCAUUGCGGGAUCGGGUCCUUGUCAUUUCGACUAUACAAAUUGUGGUGGUCGAUGCAAUCACCACAGAUAAGUAUCCAGUCAAUUUGUACUAUGUACCACACUUGGAUCACGUGUGGGUUAUUAACUGGCGUUCAACAUACGACACAGACUCAAAGACCAUUCAAGUCAUUCGAAAUGCUAGUCAAAAGCAAAAACAUCAUACCGUCCAUCCGGAACCAAUCGAUGGUCAAUUCGAUUUGGUUAAAAAUCUGUUCUUACCGUCGUCUGAUGAUGAACAGCCGAAGAGCAUCUACAAAUACGGCUAUGUUACGCAUCGUAAUCAACGUGGACUGUACAAAUUAGAUCUGGCCAAUUUACGGUAUACAAAAUCAGUCGACCUAACGCUCUACAACUGUGUUCCCGACGACAUUGAAUUCUCAUCGUUGUAUGGCUUCGUGAUUAUGUCCUGUCGAGAACCGAUCACUGGUCGUCAUCAAGGCCAACUCCUUCUGGACUAUUUAACCGAUACCGUUUUGUCAGCUAAACCGGAGAUUACAGGAAAGCCACGAAUUUCACCAGAUUCAAGACAUUUAAUAUCAGUUGACCAUUCUUCCGAUGGAGUUACGAUUGUGAUUCAAAAGAUUACCCCCUAUGGAUUGGAAUUUUCAUUCGACGUUAAAACAACCCUGAACAUAAGCGAUGUAACAUUUUUCGAAAGCCAAACCGAGCAUGGCUACGAUCUGUAUGCCAGCGCUGUCGACAAGGAGGACAUUCUAUACCUGAAUUUGUUCACAGGCAAAGUUGAGAUGAUUACCGGUGUCGGAUUAGCAACCAUGCAACCAUCAUUGAUGAAAUGGAAUAACCCAAUCCGUCCUAUUCGUUCGUCUGGCCUCUUCGGACAGUAUAUGGUAACACCGGCGAAUAACGCACUAUUUGUCAUAAAUGGAAAAGCUCGAACGGUAAACUGUGAAAUCGGAGGUGUUUUGCAUCCAAUUGCUGUAGUAUGGACUUCAAGUAAACAUGAAACGAGCACAGGAUACGCCUAUUCGACGGUUAACACAACGAAUGUUAAUGAUGUCCAGCGAAACGAGCGGAAGAAUUAGUUUACUGAAAACUCCCAAUUAUUUUUUUUUGUUAGUUCCAAUUAGAUUGACCUGAUUUGAACCGAAUAUAUUCGCGGAAAAAUAAACUAUGGAUAAUGCGCACGUAUUUUUAAAUUUGUAUUGUACUCGUAUGUGAACGGUCAAGUUAUUAUAACGGAAGGGUAAAUGUUGAGUAAAUAAAUAACUAAAUCCAAAA